GAGUUAGGGUCGGGAUUAUUAUUGCGGAUGUCGUUGCUUUGUGUUGAUAGAUGUACAAAGUGUAAAUAGCGCAGGAGCGCAAGUUUUCAUGCGCAGUGGAUUCUUCCUCAAUUUCCCUGGUCGAUCGUGGUUUUCCAUUUAGUUUUUCAGCUGAUCACGCUUUCUACAGCCGCAUAGCAGACCGUCCGUGUCGUGGGUCAUGUGCGAAACUGUCGCAGCGUAGUGAAUUCGCUGAGUGAUUGUGUUGUGUAGUUGUUUGAUUAGCUAGUGCCAGUGAAAAUGUUUUCAGGACUCACUAAUCAGGUCAGUUCGUGGAUGGGAGCUGCUAAGGGCGAGCCCCAAGAUGAGGAAGUCCCAACCCCAACGAAGGAAGCGACUGGAGAAGCUGCAGCAGCGGCGGCAGCGGCAGAAGGCGAGAAGCUAAGUCCCACAAAAGGAGGUAGUAAGCUGGACCUCAUAACCAAUGUCAAGUCACAGAUGACCGGAUGGCUCGGUUCCGGCAUCCCAAUCCCCGGUCUUAGGAAAAAUGAACCAGCACCCGCAGAACCGGAGGCCGCACCCGUUGAACCAGCUGAAGUUGCCGAACCAAGACCGGAGGGCAAAGAUGAUGAUGAUAAUUCUAGGUAUAUUAGCGCCACCGGUGGAGCAGACAGCAGACCAGCUUCCACGGGCGGCACCCCCACUGAGGAACAGCCCGGAGGUGUUGGAAACGGUGGCCAGAGUAGAAAAUUGUUUACAGUUGAUGCUAUUGAAGUACCUGAUAUGCAGGAGUUGACCACCAAGGCGGUUGCCGGAGCCAAGUCCCUGGGUAACUUCCUCUACUCGGCGGUGAACAAGGCUGGAGCCAAGGUCAGCGAGGCCAGCGCUAAGAUCAAGAAGACCGUCGAGGAAAACAGCAUCUUGGGCGAGUUCAACCGCGAGCAGGAUGCCUUCAUCAAGGGUCAGGAAGGUCGUGGCAGCGCUGCUGCCGUGCCUCCCUGGGUAGGAGCACCCAACGAGCCUGCUCUUAAGGAAGAGUGCCUGUCAUUGUCCACCGACCGGCGGAACUUCGUGCGCGCGCCGCCGGCGGGCGUGGAGUUCGACUUCGACUACGACAAGAUGUACCCGGUGGCCGUGGCCAUCAUGGGCGAGGAUCCCAACCUCGAGAAGAUGCGCUUCGAUCUCGUGCCAAAAGUUAUCACGGAGGAGAACUUCUGGCGGAACUACUUCUACCGCCUGUCGCUGAUCUGCCAGGCCAACGAGGCCGACGCCGCCGCCGGACGCCAGAGCAGCGCCGACGACUCCCAGGACGAUGAUAAAUCGGCAAGCGACAAUCUGAUAGUCAAUGAGAAAUCUUCGCAAGAGUCUAUUGAUGACGUCAAGAAAAGAAUAAAGUCUUUGAAAGUCGAUAGAGAAAACGAAGAUGAGCAAUGGGAAAAAGAAUUAGAAGCUGAGCUUAAAGAAUAUGAAGUAGUAGCAGACAAGGCUGGUGACGACAAACAAUGGGAGAAAGAGUGCGAAGACCUAUUGGGAGACGAUAUGGACCUCAAGUAGACCGCGGUCUACUGGCAUAAGACCGGAGUAGACCGAGGACUUAUGAAGGCUGCGCAACUGAUAUAGACUGGCCCUUUAAGAUAAGAUUUUUGAUUUGAUAUUAUUUCUUAUAUUAAGUUGUUUUGUUAUGUUAUUUAAUUACUCGUAGUUACAAUUGGAUAUUGUUUAUUAUUUGUUUUCAUGGCUACUUUAUUACGUUCUGUUUUUUGUUUUGUCUACGUCAUGAUUAAAAUUAAGGGGCCGGUUAAAAACCGAAGUUGGCAAAAGGAGCUCAAUUAAAUUCUUAUGACAUUAAAGUAAGGGUGCAUUGAACUCACAGCGCGAUGCUUGUAAAUGCUUGUGAUUCCACUCUUGUACACGAUGGGCCAUGAAGGCGAUGGUAGAUUAUAGUCUGGGUAGAUGAAUUCAUUGAAUACGAAGGAUUUGUUAUGUCUAGUGGGAAAAAUACUCUUGUAUAAAAAAGUGUCAUUCUCAUCCUUCUGUGGUCUUAAAAAGCGUGAUGAAAUUCUCAUUUUCUGAAUAAAAUAGUGGAAUGACAACAAUUCUAUUAUGAAUUGUUGGAAUAUAGUAGAAAAAGUUGAUGAAAGUUAUAUGGUAGGAUUAUUGGGAGUAGCUUGGCUUAUUAAGUACAGGAGUGCGGCCUAAAGCUUAUGUUACACUGUUACAAUUAAAUAAAAGAUAAAGGCGGUUUACACGAACUAAAAUAAAUAACAUUAAACGCCCAUUUUUAGGUUAAUUAUUUGCAAUCACAUAACCUUAGCCAAAUUAUUCGUACCAUUUUUGUAUUAAUAUUGGGAGGUUUUAGAGCCAUAGUGUAAGAGGUAUUUCUUCUAUAUUUCUAAUAAUUAUAAUAAAAUGCUAGCUAUUCUGUCUGUAUUUGCUAGAUUUCGUCAAUGGAUAAAUUAAUAAAGUCGUUUUAUCAAAAUGUCAUUCGACAAUAAAUUAUAUGCCUUUCUUUCUAACAUAUAUCAGUUUUAUUUGUUUAUUAGUUCUGAUAUCUUAGUAACAACGUUAUUUAUAACAGGCUUAGUUAAUAGUAGGCCUAUUCUAACGAUUAUUUAUCUUAAUCUUUCCCACGUUUUGCACAAAGUACCUACUUUUGUUGAUAUAAUUCAUCAUUAUUGAGAAAAUAUUCCUAAUCUUGGGUUUUUCGCGAAAAUAUAAGAUGAUAAAUAUAAUGACAGACUAAAUAUAAUUCGAUUAUGUUUAUUAUGAUUUAUUAUAGAUUUCAUUCCACGCUAACAUAUUAUCUUGAUUCUUGUAUUAUAAAAUCUCGUGUAUGGGAUUUUAUUGUAGAAAAAAACUGCCGUUUCUAUUACCUUUUAUACUUUUCUCGGUCAUUUAAAGUCCUUAAUGUUAAAAAUAAAAUUUCGUUUUUGUAAAUAUUGUAUAGAAAAGUGUUUUAGUUUGUUUUCGACAUAGCUAUGUUUUAGUCAUUUCAAUGCAAAUACUGCUAACAUAAAAUAAUUGAUUGAAUAUUAACAUCAUGAAAUAAAGUACAAUAAAGAAUUUGGCAUUUUAUGGUCAAUUUCGGGGACAAGACAAUUUAUUGGAUAUAAACCAAUAUACCUAAGUUACAUUAUUAUUAUUCUUUAUAUCUGCGAGCUUUGGAACUUUCGUCGUGGAUAUUUUUUUUUUACGUGGUUGUAUCUUAGACAUGAUUUAAAAAUAAAAUAUUACACAUUUUAUGUUACUCCACUUUCAUAGUUGAAAUAAAGAUACUUUUUUAAUUCUACGGACAGCGCUUUGAGGCUUUUAUUUAGUUUUUUUUUCCACCUUGCUUUAUUGUAUAAUUAUGUAAAUACAAAACAAUAAUUUUGUAGAGGAAGUAAUGUUAGCAUAGCGAUUAUAAUUUGCAUACAACUAAUUUUAAUUUCCUUCAUAUCUUUGUUUUAAAACAUACUUCCAAGUUUAACUCAUUGAUACAUAAAAUUAUAAAAUAUAUAGGUAUGUACUGAUUAUUUUGUCUUUGACUUGUAAUAUCACAAUUUAAACAUUAACUGGUUUUAGUCUUGCAUUAAAAAAAAGGAUGAAAUGUCGACACAGGUGUUGAAAGUUUAAAAACGUCGAAAGUACCGAUAAUGAUUGGUGUAUACCUAAAUGUCGAUAUCCUUGCGAGUGAAUGUUUCAAAAUUAACAUUAUUUGGUUUAAAAGUUAUGUUUUUUGUAAUUCCAAGGUUUUUGUUAUUUGUAAAUUCAUAAUAUUUAUAGUUUUGGGUUUUUGUUUAGAAUUAAAAAAUAUAUUCGUGUUCUGUGCCAAUCCAAGGAACAGAAUUGUUUCCAAAAUUCCUUUUUUUUGAGAGCCGAGAAAAAAAUCUGUGCCGUUAAAUGAGUGUUUUUUUUUUAUAUAAAGCUAUUAUUCUGCCUUAUAUUUACCACAUUUCGUUCCCUAUCUUUAAAAUUUUCUUGGACUACAUUCGGCUAUAUAUAGUAGGUACUAGCGUUGAUUAUUUAUUUCGAAAAUAAUGUACGUUGUCAUAGUCUAUGUAGAUAUAUGUAGAGUAUAUGUGUUCUAUAUUGUAAACAUUCCUAUUUAAUUGAAAUUAAAGUGAGUUGUCAUCUCUA